GACAUAGAGCGCACCAGUAAACGGUAAAGUGCAUUGUCCUGAGCUGGUGGUUAAUGGCCAUCAUCAAAGUUGAUGGAUGCAAAUCACCAAAGUCAGACCAGAUUGGCAGUCAAUUGUGCCAAGGAAAAAAGGACAACGAUUAUGGUUAACACGAGUGCAAAGAAUAGAAGAAUGUAAGACCAAGUGGCAUCAGAAAGCAUCACAUGAUUCGUUCAAAAAAAGAAAGCAUCACGUGUGUGGUUUCCGGGAAGCUGCAAAUCACCUGCAAACUCAACUAGCUGCAGCCUCCUUCAGAUACAUAUAUUCUCCUCUCUGUAGUCCGUAGCAGCCUGGCAGAUUGCAGAUGCCAGUACCAACCACAAUGACUCAAUGAGCGAGCGGACGAUUCCUCCUCCUGUGUCGUCGCAUGGCGAGGACUUCGCCGAGGUUGUGGUGGUGCGCCAUGGGGAGACAUCGGCGAACGCCUUGUGCAUCAUUCAGGGACAAAUGGAUAUAGAGUUGAAUGAGGCUGGCAGACAGCAAGCUGUUAUGGUUGCUCGUCGGUUGGCUAAAGAAGCUAAGCCAGUUGCCGUGUACUCCUCUGAUCUGAAGCGUGCUGCCGAAACGGCUCAAACUAUAGCUACAGCUUGCAAUGUGUCCAACCUGGUGUUGAGUCCUGCACUGAGAGAAAGGCACAUGGGAGAUCUCCAUGGUUUGAAGUUUGAUGAUGCCGUCAGAAGCAAGCCUGACGCUUACAAGGCUUUCUCAUCUGAAGACAGAAGCCAAGAAAUCCCUGGUGGCGGGGAGAGCCUUGACCAACUAUCUGAGCGGUGUGUUUCGUACUUGAACACAAUAGCUGGGAAGCACAAGGGUAGGCAGUAUUGGGAGCGAGUGAUUGUGGUCUCCCAUGGAGCGAGCAUCGAGGAACUCUGCAGACACGCCGAUCCAACCAGCUCAGUUCGCAGGAGAAUCCCAAACACUUCGAUCUGCGUCUUCAACAUUUCUGGCUCCACCGGCCAUUGGAUUCUCGAGAGGUUUGGAGAUGUCGCCCAUCUCAACGAAGACGACUUCCCGUAGAAUGCAUUUGGUGGCGAUGAGGCCUCUACGUAGUGCCUCCAACCAACCAACCAACCGGCUUCUUGGGCCAUUUCAUGAAUCCGGGCAUGAACUGUUAUCUGUUUGUCUCUCUUUUCUCUCAAUUUGACAAUUGUAGAACUUUCGUGCUAACUGAGUCACAUCGCAUAACUCACGAAUUCACAAAUUGUAAUUGCUUGAUUGAAACUAGCUACUGGACUUUUCAUAUUUAGUACUAGUUAAAUAGUCACACAUUCGUGUGACUAUAACC